UAAACAAUAGAGGAAGAAGUGAGUGUUUUGAAGGGAGAAGGUUCGUUCGCUGACGAAAUACUGGAUUACAUUAGCAUUACAGCGAUUAUGAACGGUAACGGAUUCAAACUGGACUCCCCCGUGUGCGGGUGAUGGCAGCGCGGCUGCAGUCAUAUGACAGCAACUCAAGUGACACCGAAAACUGCGAACGAAAAACAACAAACAGACCUCGCAAACUCUACAAGCAUUCGAGCAGUGUUCAGGCCCGUGCAUCUCGAGUGGAGGCAGAACAGAGAAAGAUGAGCCUACAUGGUGCCAGUGGGAGCUGUGACCGCUCACGUGACCGGCGCCGCUCCAGCGAUCGCUCCAGAGACUCGUCACAUGAGAGAGAAGCCCAACUCACCCCCUGUAUUCGCAACAUCACCUCACCCACCCGCCAGCACAACAGUGACCGCGAUCGAGAUGGUGGUCCAUCUUCUCGACCCUGUAGUCCACGACCACAGAGGGUCUCACCCAGUGGCUCCAGCAGCAGUGGUGUUGUCAGCAGUCGUAACAGCAGCCUCUCCAGUACCGAUGGCACCUUCAAAAGCUUGGGAGUUGGAGAAAUGGUUUUUGUCUACGAGAAUCCCAAGGAGGGUGGAGCUAGUUCUUCUGUUGGCAGUCGAAACAUCAGGACCUCAGAGAGGGUUACUCUGAUCGUUGACAACACACGCUUUGUCGUUGACCCUUCUAUCUUCACUGCACAACCCAAUACCAUGUUGGGCAGAAUGUUUGGCUCUGGAAGAGAGCACAAUUUCACACGACCUAAUGAGAAAGGAGAGUAUGAGGUGGCUGAGGGCAUCAGUUCAACUGUUUUCAGAGCGAUUCUGGAUUACUACAAAACUGGGAUAAUUCGAUGCCCUGAUGGUAUCUCUAUACCCGAGUUGCGGGAGGCUUGUGACUAUCUAUGCAUUUCGUUUGAUUACAGCACCAUCAAAUGCAGAGACCUCAGUGCCCUAAUGCAUGAGCUGUCCAAUGACGGAGCACGACGGCAGUUUGAGUUUUAUCUGGAGGAAAUGGUUCUGCCUUUAAUGGUGGCUAGUGCCCAGAGUGGGGAGAGAGAAUGCCACAUUGUAGUCCUCACUGACGAUGAUGUGGUGGACUGGGAUGAAGAGUAUCCGCCACAAAUGGGAGAAGAGUACUCGCAGAUAAUCUACAGCACAAAACUGUACAGAUUUUUCAAGUAUAUAGAGAAUCGAGAUGUUGCCAAAUCUGUCUUAAAGGAGAGAGGAUUAAAGAAGAUUAGAUUGGGCAUUGAAGGCUAUCCUACAUAUAAAGAGAAAGUGAAGAAACGUCCAGGAGGUCGUCCGGAGGUCAUUUACAACUAUGUCCAGAGGCCCUUCAUCCGCAUGUCCUGGGAAAAAGAGGAAGGUAAGAGCCGCCAUGUUGACUUCCAGUGCGUGAAGUCAAAGUCCAUCACCAACCUGGCGGCAGCAGCAGCAGACAUCCCUCAGGAUCAGCUGGUGGUGAUGCAUCCUGGGCCUCAAGUGGACGAGCUGGACAUCCUACCCAACCAUCCACCCAGUGGGAUUCACUACAGCAACAACUACAACAACGAGCCUGAUCCUGACGCACCUUCACCUGCUGUCUGAGGACAGACGUGUCCUCCUCAAAUGCCUCAGCCCCACCUCCUCCUCUAGUCGUCCUCCCAGCAUGCUGCAGCAUGGAGCACCAGGGGCACCAUAACCACAUUGCCUUGACCACCUCCUUUGCAGCCUUAGAGUCUCAAGAACCUGGUUGACUGUAGGAAAUGAAAAGCAAGCAGGUCAAAUGAGUGGCGAAGAGUUCAUUAUUAUUUUCAUGUUAUUUUUUACUUGACCAAAGGAAUUUAUUUUUCUGUUUGAAAUGCAUUCGUUCAGACACUUGUAAACAUUAUCCUUUGCAUUGUUUUUGUAUAUUAAUUUAAUAGUUUUGUUUGGAAUCACAGUCUUACUGUAUUUUCCUUGCAGGAUUUAUUUCACUUAUUUAGAUGUUUUUGUUUUUUUGUUUUUUUUUUUUGCUGUGGUGGCCUAACUACUAAAUGUGCUUUUGCGGAGUGCAAGACUUACUGUGGAGAACGUGAAUUUUUUUAGCAUGGAACAAAGUUGUUGUCACCAUUAGCAUCAUGCUCUCCAGAUGUCACUCCUCUCAAAUGUGUUUAAAUCUUGUAAUGGGGUGUGUAGUCACUGGCUGCAUCUGAGAUGUGAUCUGUUUCUGUUACGCUACUAACACAGCCAAGAUGUUAAGCAGCGCCGCCUGUUGUGGUUACGUUCUUUUUGUGCAAAGCUUGAAAUUGUUUAAAAUAAAAAGUCAAAAUUGUA